AGCAAUCGGGAGGGUAGCGAAGGGGGGUGUUAUACUAGUAGCUAGCUAGCUAGUAGGAAGCAACGAAAACGCUUGGUUUGCUAAAAUAAAUCGAUCGGUGUAUAUGAAUAGAUCGCUAGAAGUGCAUGCGAUGAAAAUGAGCUAAUACUGUUCGUGUGCUUGAUCAACAUAUAGCUAGCUUGCUAGUCUUUAUACCGUUAGCUAUACGAAUAUAACUUGCUAGUGCUGUUAACGUUAGCUAACAACCCGGCCCUGUGUAGCUAGCUUGCUUGUUAGCUUAUGUAGCACGAUUAUGUGGAGAAGCCGAAAGGCUCUGUGACUGCAGGUAGCCAGCUUGCUAAAGUUAGCCAGCUAGCUGGUUGGCUCUCCAAGUUGAAGAAAUCAUUUCGCGGUUGUUUUAAAACAUGUAACAAACAGGAUAAUUUACUCACCAGCCCUAUGUGAUAAAGUUGAACAUUCGGUAUGUGAUUUGGCAUGCUUGAUAGUCGGAAGUAUAGCACUAUUUGCUCGCUAUAGUUACGGUAUUUUCGUAGACUAUAUCGUUUCUUUUGGGUCGAGAAAAACAGCACAGAUGCGUGUUGAACUCGAUAAUAUUCAAAAGUAGCUAGCUUGCCAGCCAAGUUAAGUCAAAGUAUCGAGUAAUUACAGCGUGCUUUAGGUACAUUUACAGACAGGCAGCACUCAUAGACACUGGUAUUGAUUUGUUAAUCAGAUAGUUACUUGUUUUAUCUGCAUAUAUAACUAGUACAUCUAACAAAAUAUUGUCUCUGUCAUUUUCCUAAUGCAACCUCGUAGCUUGUCUAGAAUAGUGCAAAUUUAACCUUUACAAAAUAUCUAUUUUGCUGGAUAAUUUGAAUGCUUUAUUGACAACACAACAGGCUCACUCAGGAUGUUGAAACGUAAUGACAAUGGAGGAAUUCUUUGGCAGCGGCACAAGUAGAAGUCUGGAUUUAAUUGUAUUGAAAAUUUUGCCGUACUGGGACUGGGAAAGUGGACAUUGUGACAAUGAGUGGGAGAGAGAAGUACCCAGUGGAUCUGGGGGGCAACUUCACUGAAGAUGCUCCUAGACCCCCAGUCCCUGGGGAGGAGGGAGAGCUGGUGUCCAGUGAUGUGCGGCAGUAUAACCACAGCUUCUACUCGGUCAAGUGUGAGAGCCUUAAGAGUGAGGCCUCCACAGCCACGCCUCGGCGACCGGACCUGGACCUGGGCUACGAGCCUGAGGGAAGUGCCUCUCCUACUCCGCCCUAUUUGAAGUGGGCCGAGUCGCUGCACUCCCUCCUGGACGACCAAGAUGGGAUCCACUUGUUCAGGACUUUCCUCAAGCAGGAGGACUGCGCGGACCUUUUGGACUUCUGGUUCGCAUGCAGCGGCUUCCGGAAGCUGGAGGCGAACGAGUGCAACGAGGAGAAGAAACUGAAAUUGGCGAAAGCUAUUUACAAAAAAUACAUCCUGGACAACAAUGGGAUUGUGUCAAGACAGAUCAAGCCAGCCACUAAAAGCUUCAUCAAGGACUGCGUGAUGAAGCUGCACAUCGAUCCCGCUAUGUUUGACCAGGCUCAGACAGAAAUUCAGACUAUGAUGGAGGAGAACACUUACCCGGUGUUUCUCAAGUCAGACAUUUAUUUGGAAUACACCAGGACAGGUGGGGAGAGCCCCAAGUUGUACAGUGACCAGAGUUCCGCAUCGGGGAACGGGAAGGUUUUGCCUGGAUAUUUACCGACGUUGAAUGAGGACGAAGAAUGGAAGUGUGACCAGGAGCCAGAUGAACAGCUGGAGUGUGACCCAACUCCCACCAACCGGCUUACCCAGAAGCUGCUGAUGGAGACCGCCCCACAGAGGGCGGCUACUAACAAGAGAUACCAGGACAGCCGGGAGUACAGACAGUCGUCAUGGAGGGAGCCCAUCAACCCUUACUACGUGAACACCGGGUACGCCCUGGCCCCCGCCACCAGCGCCAACGACAGCGAGCAGCAGAGCAUGUCCAGCGACGCGGACACCCUCUCGCUGACGGACAGCAGCGUAGAUGGGAUUCCACCCUAUAGGUACCGCAAGCAGCAUCGGCGGGAGAUGCAGGAAAGCGCCAAAGCAAAUGGGCGAGUGCCACUACCUCAUAUCCCUCGCACAUACCGGAUGCCAAAGGAUAUUCACGUCGACCCGGAAAAAUUUGCGGCGGAGCUGAUCAGCCGGUUGGAGGGCGUCCUGCGGGACAGAGAGGCCCAGGAGAAGCUGGAGGAGAGACUGAAGAGGGUCCGAUUGGAAGAGGAAGGGGACGACGCGGACGUCUCCACGGUGCCCUCGCUGGCGAGCCACAAGCUCCCGCCCGCCCCGCAACACUACAGCGCCCGCUACUCGGAGACCACCUACAACGGGCUCCAGCUGCGCGACGCCCACGAGGAGAACCCCGAGUCCAUCCUGGACGAGCACGUGCAGCGCGUCAUGAGGACGCCCGGGUGCCAGUCGCCCGGCACCGGCCGCCACUCGCCAAAGUCCCGCUCGCCGGACGGCGUCCUGUCGGGCAAGGUGCCCGGGCUGAUGAUGCCGCUGGCCCCGGGCCACGGCAAGCACCUGGCCAAGCAGGGCCUGAAGCCGGACGCGGGCAGCAUGUACCACCACAAGCACGUCUACCACAUCCACCACUCGGGCGGCGUCAAACCCAAAGAGCAGAUCGAGUCGGAGGCCAUGCAGCGGGUGCAGAACAACUUCGCCUGGAAUGUAGAGCCGCAUCACUAUGCAACCAAGUCCCGCAGCUACGCCGACAGCAUGGGCGUGGCCCCCAACGCCAUGGAGUCUUUGGGACACAAUAGUAAAGGCAGCACGCUGUCCAAGCGAACCUCCAAGAAGGCGGAGCCCGGGAAGGGCGAGGAAGUCCGCAACUUUGACAUGCAGGGCCCUCCGGAGGAUCUGGAGAGGAACCAGAAGAUCAUCCAGUGGAUGAUGGAGGGCGAGAAAGAGGCAGGCCGCCACAAGAAGGCUCCUUAUGGGAGCGCCGCCGGGCCCAAGAAGACCCUGAGCCACGACGCGCUGCGGCCCAGCUCGGUGGAGCGCCCCGGGGCCGUCCACCCCUGGAUCAGCGCGCAGCUCCGCAACACCGUGCAGCCCUCGCACCCCUUCAUCCAGGACCCCACCAUGCCCCCCAACCCCGCGCCCAACCCCCUCACCCAGCUGGAGGAGGCCCGCAGGCGGCUCGAGGAGGAGAAGAAGAAGUCGGGCACCCUGCAGACCAAACAGAGGUAUGUGAUGGAGGUGAUCCAGAGGGGUCGAGCUGCUGUCAGGCCCACUCUGUUCCCACCGCUCAGCGUGGUGCCUGCAGUCUCCGACAUUGAUCUCUCCGAGUCCCAGCAUAAAACAGUGAAGAAGCUGCCCUGUGAGAACAUCACGGUGGCAUAUUACUUCUGUGGAGAGCCUAUCCCCUACAGGACGUCCGUCAAAGGAAGGAUAGUCACGCUCGGCCAGUUCAAGGAGCUGCUGACAAAGAAAGGGAGCUACAGGUAUUACUUCAAGAAGGUGAGCGACGAGUUUGACUGUGGUGUCGUGUUCGAAGAGGUACGUGAAGAUGACGCGAUCCUGCCCAUCUUCGAGGAGAAGAUCAUUGGGAAAGUGGAGAAAAUCGAUUGAAGGGCGAAGUGGGAGGCACGCUGGAAGAAAAGCCCCGUUCGGAGAGGGGCGCGAUGUCGUGAUGAGCGAAAGGGAAUGUGUUCCGGUGGAAAUCAGAGGAGGAAAUCCAAUGGAAUGAGGAAACGGGGAACGUCUUAGUCAACUGGAUGGGAACAUUCUGGAAGAACCAGAGGUUGGAAAGUGUCACUGUGGGAUAUCUAAUACAGACUUAUAGGCUUCCACUUCUGCACAGAGGUUUUAUUUUUCUUUACCAGCUGCUCAGUGCUUAGGAGAAUAAAUGGUGCUUUAACAGCAGAAACUGCUUCUCGUGGGAAAAUUUGAAAAAAUGACGAUUUAAAAAGGAAUGAUGCAGCAUUAUAUUUUCUUUGGUAUAUUUCUAACUCUGUAAUGUAGCAUUGUAAAGUUGUACUAGAAAAAUUGUACUUUGAAUCUGUUUACUACAGCUGCAUAUUUUUGAUAUGAUGUAAUAGAAGGAAAGUAUCCUUUGUAAUGUAACAAUACUUUCGUGUAAUUUUGAUAUGUACAGGUACUUUUAAAUCUACCAGAUGUGUACAGGCCCUCUGUUUAAACAUAAAACAGAAAAAGUUUAUAUAUAUGAAAGUAUUUUUUGAAAAGUCUAUUGGUUUUUACCCCCAUGCAUUCAGUUGGAUGGGCAGCUCCAAUUCAGUCACUAUUUUGUUUUGAACUGCUCAUCUUAAGCGUCCAAAAUUUCUCUUUGUGUAUGUCAUCUGCCACUAUAUCCUAUUACUAUCCAGCUUUUCCCAAGUGCUUGUAAACCUCCCAAACCCCCAGAAAAGCCAAUAUUGUCCCGACUGCUGGAAGUAAAGGUACACAACCAUUCACUUCAUAAAUCUGAAAAUCAGAGGUAACCGCUGUGUGAACAUGCUCUUAACCGCUGCCUCUGUGCUCUGACUGUUGAAGGAGGAUAUGACUGUAACCGCUGCACUUCCUCGGUGUGGUACAUGCUCGCUGGGAACUUUGCUCUUUCUGGGACUGUUCCAUUCUCAGUAGUGUCACAGAGCUUCAGUCUUCCUGGUGCCAGUUGGGCACAUGCAUGGAGAAAGGUACCCUAUUCAGGUAUACUUUAGUGCAUUUACCCUAAGCAGAUCCAUGCAGAUCAGCAGGAAAUCCUAGAAUGUAUUCCACAAAAGUGGGAACAAAAACAAAACAAGCAAAGCAAAAAACAAAAAGCCACCCCCCCCACCCCCCAUGCAUUCUUUAAACAUGCCAUUUAUAGUAAAUUAAUACCAAAAUGAGCAAUAUUUAAGAGCAGUCCUUGGAAGUGUAGAUUGCUGUUCACACAUUAAAUAUGUGCAUUCACCAUUUCAAAACAAUUUACAUGUUUGAGAGGGGAGUCACUUGUUCAGGGACUGCAGUGUAGAAAAUGUCAGGUUGUGAUGGUAAAGUGUAUCUAUGGGAGUUGGCAAGCGGCGUGGAGAAAGGAUUGAUCAGUCAUUGUACAGAAGCUGUCUGUAUGCUGGAUCACUGAGCAGUGGGGUUGUUAGUGAACCAUGGGGUUAAUUCUGGUUUUUAAAUCUAAUUCAUGUUUACACAUACCUUAAUGUAUUAAAAAAUGGACUGAAUGUCUUAUGUUUUUCAACUUAUUUAGGCUAAAUUUGGGUGCCUGAUGACAUUAAUGACAUUUGUUUAAAAAAAAUAAAAAAAAUUGAACCUAUAGUAUAAAUUAAUCUACCUUUUUGCUGGAUCAUAAAACACCAAAGAGCACCGUAUACAUUAAAGACUUUAGUGUUUGUAAUCAGUUAAUUUGUUUUAAAGUUUUAUUUUAAUGAUUUUGUUUGUACUGCAUAUCUGCAUAAAUUCUUUUUGUCUUUGGUCAUAGCCCUCAAAUUCAAAGCUCGGUGCAAAAGGUGAAGAGAAUGGCAUACUAUAUAUUUUAUUCUACAGGGGUCAGCAGUAGAAUGUAUAAUGUUUUAAUGCAUUUAGGUAAAUAAGUGACAUGCAGGAAUUAUUAGGAUAUCAAACGAGUGUUAAAUCGCUGGGGGUACAUGCUAUAUCUGCAUCCUGCUUAGGGAAAUUUUAAUGUUCUCCAAAUGCUAUUUUUGUAUUUAUUUAGACUGAUUCUUUUCCUAAUAUGCAGGUCUGUACAAAGCUAACAUCUAGUAAUGAACUUCUGUGACUAAAACAUACAUUUUUAAAAAAUGCUGUUUUGCUGAUAAUGCCAACUUUAUUUAUUCCUUUUCAAUAUCCAAAAAUAUCAGAAUAGGAACUGAAUAAAAAAAUGUGGAAAACUGUCAAAGUUUUUUUCUUUUUUUUUCUUCUCCAGUCUCUGUAUUGGAUUGUAAUUUUCAGCAUGCUGUUGGUUUUAGUCACAGGAGAUGGAAAAUGAAAUGGCAGAAUUACUGUGAAAGCCCUUAAGUGACUAUCCCAAUGUAUAAUGGCUGUAUUGUAAAUGUAUAUCACGGAGUGCCUUUAUAUUAAAAUCUCUUUUUGUCUUUUGUGCGAUUCCCAAAUGUCAGAGGCUUUGCUUGCAUCCAGGGUCUAGUCCACCCCACCCCCCCCACCCCCACCCCUCCACAGCUUUGUUAGUCAUCAUUUUAAGUGACACUGCAUAAAUUCAUUCUGGAUAUGCCUUUGUGUAAAUAUGUACAUUUUCAUAUGUGUCUUGAACCAACAGCACAUUUGGAUAUUUAGUACCAUGGUCAUACUUCAGUGUGCUGACUUGUACAGUUAUCUUUUAAAAGGUACUUGGACAAUAAAGAAAUUAAACAACUGUA